CCUAAUGUCACUAAGCUUCACUAUGCUGAAAGCGUGAAUGCUAGCUAGCUCUGUAUGCUUGCAUUAUUAUAAAAUAUAAACAUUCAGCAACUCUGCUAUCAACUGUGUUUCAUCGUUAUAGGUGAUAUCAUCUAAGGACAAGUUACAAAAUGAGUUUACUUGCCAAAAUAGCUGAAAUUGAGGCCGAGAUGGCUCGGACUCAGAAGAACAAGGCCACGUCUAACCACUUGGGGCUGCUCAAAGCUCGCCUGGCCAAGAUGAGGAGAGAACUUAUAACACCAAAGGGAGGCAGUGGAGGAGGCGCAGGGGAAGGAUUUGAUGUGGCGAAAACGGGAGAUGCCCGUAUCGGGUUUGUAGGGUUUCCCUCGGUUGGCAAGUCUACUUUGCUAAGUAACUUGGCAGGGGUGUACUCUGAGGUUGCGGCCUAUGAGUUCACCACCCUCACCACAGUACCAGGAGUGAUCCGCUAUAAGGGUGCCAAAAUACAGCUCCUGGAUCUCCCAGGUAUUAUCGAGGGUGCAAAGGACGGCAAGGGCAGAGGACGACAGGUCAUCGCAGUGGCCCGAACGUGCAAUCUGAUCCUCAUAGUGUUGGAUGUGCUGAAGCCUCUAGGUCACAAGAAGUUGAUUGAACAUGAACUUGAGGGCUUCGGAAUCCGCCUGAACAAGCAGCCGCCCAACAUCGGCUUUAAGAAAAAGGAUAAAGGAGGCAUAAACUUCACCGUCACGUGUCCACAGUCUGAGCUGGAUGGUGAUGCAGUAAAAAGCAUCCUAGCUGAGUACAAGAUCCACAACGCUGACAUCACCCUGCGCAGUGACUGUACGGCUGAUGACCUCAUUGAUGUAGUGGAGGGAAACCGAGUGUACAUCCCUUGCAUUUAUGUUCUCAACAAAAUCGACCAGAUCUCCAUUGAAGAGUUAGACAUCAUUUACAAGGUGCCCCACUGCGUGCCCAUCUCCGCCCACUCCCGCUGGAACUUUGACGAUCUCUUGGAAAAGAUGUGGGACUACCUGCACCUAGUGCGGAUAUACACCAAACCCAAAGGCCAGCUUCCUGACUACACGUCUCCGGUCGUUCUGCCUACUGAUCAUACCACAGUUGAAGACUUCUGUUUGAAGAUUCAUAAAAGUCUCCUUAAAGAAUUAAAAUAUGCUCUGGUGUGGGGUGCUUCAGUGAAACACAACCCCCAGAAGGUGGGAAAAGACCAUGUCAUGGAGGAUGAGGACGUUAUCCAGCUGGUGAAAAAGUAGAAGGACUCCUAACUCUGCAUGACCUUCUCAUCACAGGGAAUUGUCUGCUGCUCAUGAAAAAAACUCAAAAAUAACCACAAGAACAUGUUCUGUGGUUCUCAAUACUAUGUUGGAAUUUGGUAACUGAAAAGUAAAAUGUAUAUGUUACAUUUAACAAUGCCAUUUCUGCCUGUGUAUGAUUCUUAAUUACCCUUGAAGAGUAUUAGCCUUGAAUAAAACCAAUUUCAGUGAAAUAAACCCCAAACAGGUUGA